AUGGCCGUGUUUACGAGCAAGAAAUACAUGUCGCAAGCGCGCUCCAAUACGUGGGGCGCGCGCUACCGUUCAGCAAUGGCCAAGCAUCCCUUUUUGCUCUUCGGGCUCCCCUUCCUCACUGUCAUCAUUGGCGGCUCAUUUGUCCUGACCCCGGCGACAGCCGUCCGAUAUGAGCGCUACGACCGCAAGGUGCGGCAAAUGACGCGCGAGGAGGAGUUGGGUAUCGGAAAGAGCGGCAGGAAGGUAGACAUUCGUGAGGAAUACUACAGACUUGCCUAUAAAGAUCUUGACAAUUGGGAACAAAAACGCGUCAAGCGCUUGCCCGGUGAGCCCGACGGCACCCUCUAA